UUUGAGCGAGAAUUUUCGAAUUACUGGUUGCUUCUUAUCCUGCCAGCGUGUUCGACCGGUUUACCUCCCCGCCAGAAUGGCACAACAAACAGUGAUCCCCCAACAUGUAACUGCUCUCCUCUCCCACCUCACCUCGCGCCCCGGCGUCCAAUCGACCUUUAUCCUCUCCCGUAAAGACGGUUCAAUCAUCCAAAGUACCGGAUUACUAUCUGCGGAGUUGGAAAGGAGGAAUAGUCAGAAUAUGGCGUUGCGUCAGCAGGCGACAUCGCCGUUGAAUGAGGACGCGCCUACAUCUAAUUCUACUCCGAGAUCGCCCUCCGUCGAGCAGCAGGAGCAGCAGCAGCAGAAGCCGGAGGAACAAGAACAACCGGAGGGACAGUCUCAGGAAGGGCAAGAGCAACAGGAAGGACAGGAAGGACACCAAGAGGAGCAGCAAGGACAGGAACAGGAACAAAAACAAGCAUACAAACCAACCCACGCCGAAGCACUGGCAGCGCACAUCUUCGCCUUUGUCUCUAGCGCAUCCGACCUGAGCAUGUCGCUUUCUCAUCCGCCGGACGAUAAUGACUCGAAACCCAGCAGCAAUGGAUUGAAUCUUGAAGCGCUGAAAAACGGAAUCACUUCGCCCCGCGAAGAAGGUGACGAAGGACAGGAGAAGGAGGAAGAUGAUGAGGUGAAGCUACUGCGGCUGCGCACGAAGAAGCAUGAGAUUGUGGUCGUGCCGGAUAGGAAGUAUUUGCUUUGUGUGGUGCAUGAUGCGGCGCAUAUGGCUGGGGGGAGAGCUAGAUGAUGUCUCACGGUGGUUUCUUUGCGGAUGGAUGGAUGGUGGAUAUACCCGGUGAUGCAUUUCUUAUUGUAAAUACUUGGCAAUGUUAUAUAUCUAAUGUUAUUCCUGGUGAGGUUCGUGCGUUGCCCCUCA